UCGUCGGAGGCAGCAGCGUCGGUCGAACCAGGAGAGUCCAGUGUGCAAGCGACGAGAACGCAAUCAGAUGGUGGCGAAGAUCGUGGAUUGACAGGUCGCGGGUUGCACGAGAGAGUGAGAGAGAGAGAGAGAGAGGAGAGAGAGAGCGAGAGCGAGGGAGCGCGCGCGCGCGAGAGAGAGAAAGAGAGAGAAGGAACAGGCGUUUACGCGACGGCGGUUGGCGUUAGGCUCUCUCUCUGGCAGGAGGACGGGGACGGUUUUUUCCGUGUGUUACGCGCACGCGAGCCAGGAAAAGAAAAGAGAGAGAGAAAGAGAGAGAGAGGAAGAGAGAAAGAAAGCGACCCGCGAGUGAGAGGAACACGAGCAGUCGACGUGCGCGACGAUCUCGUCAUCGACGACGUUGACGAAAUGAUCCUCUAGCCUCCCUGUUGUGGCUUCCUUGGCCUGGUCCGCGCGAGAAGGAGUACUUCGAGCAGGAGGUGACCCUUUAAAAGAGAAGGUGGACGAGCCUUCUCGUCUGUGCGCUGAAUAUAAGCUCGGUUUAUAUUAACGUUGGAGACAGAAGUGCGCGUCGCCGGAGUGCCGAAGUCGGGGCCGCGAGGAGUUGGCCGAUUGUUCCCUUCGCUCAAGAAGGAUAAUUGACGAGGCGUUUGUCCAGAGGGCCCUCCCGGGGCAGGACGGAGUGCCUGUCGGGCUCAGCUGAUCCACGCGCAGCGGUAGGAGGCGGCGGAAGGAGGAGGUAGUGGUGGAGGACGCUACCAGGAGCGCCGCGGGGCGAGGAAGGGCCCCUGCCGAACUCAGCACCGCCGACGAGCGAGCAGCACCGAUAAAUAUGUCGUCCCCCAGCGCCGGCAAGCGACGCAUGGACACGGACGUUAUCAAACUAAUAGAAAGCAAACACGAGGUGACGAUUCUAGGAGGACUAAAUGAAUUCUCCGUUAAGUUCUACGGUCCACGAGGCACGCCCUAUGAGGGUGGAAUAUGGAAGGUGAGGGUUCAUCUGCCGGAGCACUACCCUUUCAAAUCACCUUCGAUCGGUUUCAUGAACAAGGUCUACCAUCCUAACAUUGACGAAGUCUCGGGCACGGUGUGUCUAGACGUUAUAAACCAGGCUUGGACUGCCCUUUACGACUUAUCAAAUAUUUUCGAGUCUUUCCUGCCUCAGUUGUUAACAUAUCCCAAUCCAAUCGAUCCCUUGAACGGCGAUGCUGCCGCGAUGUAUCUUCACAAACCCGAAGAGUACAAGAAGAAGGUGGCGGAUUACGUGAGGAAGUACGCGACGGAGGAGGCGCUGAGGGACCAGGAGAACGGCGGCACCGGCAACGGGAUGUCCUCCGACAGCGAGUCGUCGAUGAGCGACUUCAGCGAGGACGAGGCGCAGGACAUGGAGUUGGCUGCGCAUCAGCGACCGAUCGCCACGUCGUCGUCGGCCGCGGGAAAAAGAUCGAAUCUACUACACAAACGGCCGCACGCGAACGACGUCGAGAUGACGGAGCCGCUAGCCAAGACUGCGCGAUUGUGGAAUCACCCCGGGAGAAUGAGUGCAAACGAGACUCUGAAUAUGUUUCAAGCAACCUCGACGUCCUGUCUCGAACUGUGCGCAUCGGGCGGACAAAGUGCGGAAGAGACGCAAGUUACAGGACUAUCAUCACCGUGUGUCCAUCCCUUGGAAGUGAAUGUAGAUUUAGUUGAUCCCGGUGGGUACGGAUCGGACGCGAUUUAAUAUUCGCUCGCGGAAAAUUUUAAGUCAAUUUGUACUAUUUUAAUCUCAUUGUUAUUCGACUCAUUAUAGAUUUCAUUAUAUAGAUUAUUGUUAUUAAGAGGAGGACGUAUAUUAAAUUGAAUUGGUUUGUUACAAUGUUUGAGAGAUGCUUUGCUUUUCUAGAAGUGAAACUGGAAAUAUCCUUGCGUUUAAAGAAAGUAAAAGAAAGAACAACUACCCUUACUUAAUUAAUCAUUACUUCCAUCCGCUAAUGCAGUUUUAAGUUUAUUUCGAUUAUUAGAACUAAAGAAAAUGAAAUCAAAGAACUCAGGGAAUUUCCGUUUGAGAAACAAAAACUAUGGUUGUAUCAUCGCUGAAAUAAGCAAAACUAUGAAUUCGAAUACACGAAUGGAAUGCGCGAGGAAAGGACUACAUUUAUUUUUAUGAUUGACGAUAUAUCAGCGAGUUUAAAUUUUCAAAAAGAACCAAGUAGAUUAAAGAAUUGUUUGGCAAAGUGUAGGAAAACUGUAAAUUUAUAAAAUAUAAAAUUGUACAAACUUUGGUGCACAAUAAUCUUCGAUCAAUAGUAUCUCGUUUCAAAUUGAUCUCCCUCCUUUGCAUGAUUUACAUGUAUGCAAUGCGAUUUAUAGCUGUACGUAAGUAUAAACAUUAUAUUUCAGUGCCUUCUCAGGCAAAAAAAGCGUGCCUUAUUAUAUGGGUCUCUGGUAAAGAAUUUCAUUGGACUAUAUGAGUGAAUACGACGAGCAUUUAGCGUUAACGGAUCUUUGGACGAAAUUAAUUAUGCUUAAAGCAUUGCAAAUUAAUACCGAAUGUGUUUUUAGAAACUAGAGAUAAACAUCGAUUACUAGGCUUCAAUGAUUCCUUGAUAAUUGAGGAAUGUGUAAGACAUCAACGGAAAAGACAGAUAUGUAAGAAAGAUAUGAAAAAUUUCAACGAUCAAUCGAUUCUCCAUCUUGAGAAUUUUGAACAGAUAUGACGCCGAAUUGAUACAACAAUAUCGUAAUGUCGCUAUAACUACGUUGCGUAGGCGCAUCGGUCGUAAAUGCAGCAACUACAGUAAUCAAAUUCAGAAUGUAAAUAGCAAAACAAAAGUUACGAUUUUUUAGCCAAUGUACUGUAUAUUUAUACAAUUUCGUUGCGCACGCUCCUGCAGUCGCAAUUUUUAUUUCGUCUACCGAUGAAGCUUAUCCAGGUUUUUAAUGUAUUAUGCAACAGUUCUGCGCUUACUUUUUUUUUUAAAGAACGCUAUGUUUUAUGCAACGAUAUAUAAUUUAUACGUAGGGAUAUUCACGCUUUACAUUAUUACGUUAUUAUUUAAGACGAACUUUCAUGGACACGGCCUGUUUCCCAGCGAAUCCAUUCCGUUGACGACGUGUACUGCAAUGUAUUUACCGUUUCGAGAAGUGCUAUUAAGACUAAGUGAAAUCAGUACAGUUUUCGUGUAACUUACAGAAGCAAUGCUGUUUUUAUGUUUCUAUGUUUUUUUCUCGUGCAAUUAUGUAAAGCGACAUGUUUCAAAAUCCGUCGGUUGCUCUUUGUCAUGUUUUUCAUAAUAUUCAUCUUUGGACUUCGUUAUUGUUAUAAUCUCAGUGCUUUUUGAAACUCGGUGUGCAAUCAACAAAGUAUGAUAUGUGCGUCACUUGAAUGUACGUCAAGUUAAAUGUGCAGUUUAUUCAGCCUGAAUACUUAGAAUUAUCUCAGCUGUACUUAGAAAAAGAGAAAAGGAAAAUUCUGCUAUUCUUUUAUUCGCACUGUAUCUCUCACAGGAACGCGCGUCUUUUAUUUUUAUAAGUUAGCACAAAGUAUGUAGCUUUAACGCGUCUAAUGUCUCGUCGGCACUGUACUUUUAGACUUCGUUCAUUCAGAACCAAAAAUCAUCAUAUUAGAAUGUGCGUUUCCCAUGGAACCGUGUCGAUUGAGUUUGAAGUCGUGCUCUCAGAUCUCACAUCGUUGCUAAUUAUAUAUGUAACAUAUAGAUUAUUGACUAGUUAUACGCAUAAAUAUAUAUAUAUA